AUGACUGGUAGCAACGAAACUCUGGUUGAUCCCAAAGAAGCAUACGACUUAAUUACCAAGAACCUUCAAGAGGUUCUAAAUGCACAAAUCAUCAAGGAUGUGCUCGAGGUUGAGAAAAGGCCACUAAAAUUGUACUGGGGUACUGCUCCAACUGGAAAACCCCACUGUGGUUAUUUUGUUCCGAUGACAAAACUGGCACACUUCUUGAAGGCCGGCUGUGAGGUGACGGUUCUGCUGGCCGAUCUGCAUGCGUUUUUGGAUAAUAUGAAGGCGCCACUCGAAGUUGUACAACACAGAGCAAAGUACUACGAACACGUUAUCAAAUCAAUAUUAAGGAGUAUUAAUGUACCUAUUGAAAAGCUGAAAUUCGUAGUGGGAAGUUCCUACCAAUUGACCCCAGAAUAUACAAUGGACAUUUUCAAGCUUUCUAACAUCGUUUCUCAAAAUGAUGCUAAGAGAGCUGGUGCAGACGUUGUAAAGCAGGUUGCAAACCCAUUGUUAAGUGGUUUAAUCUAUCCUUUAAUGCAAGCUUUGGAUGAGCAGCACUUGGAUGUUGAUGUUCAAUUUGGUGGUGUUGACCAAAGGAAAAUUUUUGUGCUUGCCGAAGAGAACCUUCCAAGUUUGGGCUACAAGAAAAGAGCUCAUUUAAUGAAUCCUAUGGUUCCUGGUUUGGGUCAAGGUGGUAAAAUGUCUGCAUCGGAUCCAAACUCCAAAAUUGAUGUUUUGGAAGAACCUAAGGUUGUCAAGAAAAAGAUUAACAGCGCUUACUGUGCGCCAGGUGUAAUCGAGGACAAUGGCUUGAUUGCUUUCGUGGAAUACGUUGUUGCUCCUAUUCAAGAAUUGAAAUAUGGUCCAGAUCAUUUCAAAUUUCCAAUUCAGCGUCCUGAGAAGUUUGGUGGUCCAAUCACUUACGAUUCAUUGCAGCAGUUGAAGGACGAUUUCAAGAGUGAGAAGCUUGCUCCACCUGAUUUGAAGAGCGGUGUUACUGAUGCCAUUAACGAACUUUUGGCUCCAAUCAGGGAAGAAUUUGCUGUCAACAAGGAAUUUCAAGAGGCUCAGGAGAAAGGGUAUCCAGUUGUGGUUGCUGAAAAGACUAAAAAGCAGAAAAAGCCAAAGAAUAAGGGGACACGCUAUCCAGGCGGUCAGAAUAAUGCUCAAGAUAAAGAUCCUAAAGAAACAGAGCAAAUCCCGGCCAAUGCCGCCGACAAAGAAUAG